UUGUAAUAAUAGGCUUACCCACUCCUGCUUUGUUAUUUUGCUGUUCAGGUCAUCAAACAACUCUUGGUUUUUCCUCGCUAUUAUCAUUGCAUAGUUUGAGUCUUUAACUGCGCAACUUGCUCUCUCAUCCAAGCAAGUCCCUAAAUGAAUGGUAAGACGUCUGACCGACGGGGGCAUCUAAUAAAAAAGUAUUGGGUGACGGGGUCAUUUAGCGAGAGGUUAGCUGGCUUACGGCACAGCAGGGCAUCAUCCUGAAAGUUGACACUACAAUUCAUAUUAUCUUCUCCUCGACGCCAUGUUAACUCCAGAUCAGCCGCCAUCAGCUCCAGAAGCUAGCUUUGAGGAAAGUUCACUACACUUCGUAUCAAUAAGCCCAGCUGGAAGAAGGACAAUUGUUCUCAUUCAUGGCGCCUUUUGCUCAGGGAGCAAUUGGGACCUCGUUGUCCCUUAUCUCGCUUACUCAUACCACCUCCUCAUUCCUGAUCUGCCAGGCCAUGGUCAAUCAAGACAUAUAACCCCUUUCUCUCUCGAAUCAUCCUCAAAAUACCUUGUUCAACUCAUUCGUAAGCACGCCGCGAAUAGCAGAGCACAUAUUGUGGGCCACAGCCUCGGCGCUCACGUCGCCAUCAAUCUCGCAUCAUCCUAUCCUGAGGUCGUCAGCGAUGUCUUCAUCUCAGGCUUUGAGAUAUAUCCGCCAACAGCAAUCUCCAGUUUCGCACCUUAUGCUUUCUGGUUCGACCAACGAGUUCAAAAACUCAUCCCCCGCCCUGUGAUCAGCUGGCUGAUGGAUGGUACGGAUAUCCAGGGUGGGGAGUCAGGUUCAUGGACACUGGAGCUGUGCCGUCAGAUUGUGCCGGUUGUUGUAACGGCGACAUGGCCUUCUCCUUGGCCUGCGCGAACUCUUAUCGUGGCUGCUGGGAAGGGAGGAAUCAUUCCGUCGAAAGAUCAUCCUCACGAUGCAGUCAGACUUAUGGAGAUUGGAAGACAGCUGAAUCUUGAGACUGUGGCUUUUAGGCAUCUUGUGAUGAGACACCUUUGGAACAGGCAGGAUCCGGUGCUAUUUGCAGAGACGGCACGCUGCUGGUUUGAGGGGGAAGAAAUACCUUCAGGGUUUGAAAAGCUUUAGCUAGGAAACUAAGUUGUUCUUCUAGAACGAAACUUGCAUGGAGUGUCCGUAACAACAGAACACUUUCUGAAGCGAGUUCUUAAUCCUGAUUAGUUCAGGGGAAUAUCAAUAGC